CUGUAAAUCUAUUGCUACCUCGCAGCCUCGGCCCUGAAGAACGGGAGGGAAGAACACAAUUCCCCCGUCGGCGGUGGGAAGUUGGUCAAUAAGUUCCCCCGACGCGCCAUUUCUCCUUUCCUUCUUCCUUCCGUUCUUUCUUUUGGGGGAUCUUUGCUCCUAGCAGGAUCUCUUUCUUUGCUUCUUUCCUCGAUUCUCUUCUUCUUGGAUCGGAAUCACUUCCAUCAUUCCGAUCUCUCUUUCCGAUCCCUCAUUACUCUGAUCCAGAUCUGUGUCCACCGACACUUUGGCGUCACCUUCUUGUAUCCGUUGAGGCUCACUGGCCUCGCCAAUUUGUGUUCGAAUAAUGGGGUUUCGCUCAAACCCUAGGCUUCUCCUUGUUUUCGGAUUCGUGCUAUUGGUUCUUUCCUGUAUCUCUGCUCAGGACGCUGCUGUGGAGAAUGGGAAAGAGGAAUCGAAUGAAUCAGCAUUCAACAGUCUCGGCCGGCGUGGCAUGAUUGAUAGAAAUGACAUUGACAUCAACUCUGUCAGCUUGGGUGUUACCCUGGACUCGGGUCUUGGAGUUUUUGAUGCGUUCUUUGCUAGCUUCUCGAUGAUCCUCGUUAGUGAGAUUGGAGAUGAGACUUUUAUCAUAGCAGCUCUCAUGGCAAUGCGCCACCCAAAGUCAACGGUUUUAUCUGGGGCUCUUUCUGCAUUGUUUGUUAUGACAAUACUUUCUACUGGACUGGGAAGGAUCGUGCCAAACUUGAUAUCAAGGAAGCAUACCAAUAGUGCAGCUACAGUUCUUUAUCUAUUCUUUGGACUGCGGUUGCUUUACAUUGCCUGGAGGUCUGAUUCAAAAUCAUCACAGAAAAAGGAAAUGGAAGAAGUAGAAGAAAAGCUUGAAUCCGGGCAAGGCAAAACAGGCGUCCGCCGCGUCUUUUCUAGAUUCUGCACACCUAUAUUUCUGGAGGCAUUCAUUUUGACCUUCCUUGCAGAAUGGGGUGACCGUAGCCAGAUUGCAACAAUUGCAUUGGCCACGCACAAGAACGCAGUGGGCGUUGCAGUUGGCGCAACAAUAGGCCACACCAUCUGCACAUCAGUAGCAGUUAUAGGAGGGAGCAUGCUGGCUUCCAAGAUCUCGCAGAAGACGGUUGCCACGAUCGGAGGCUUGCUCUUCCUGGGUUUCUCCUUGUCGUCGUAUUUCUACCCACCUCUAUAGCUGCACGCUAACCCUCCAUUCUUUUCCCUCGGCAGAGCAAAUACAACAUCAGAAAUCUUUUUCGCCUGCAAUUUUCCCAUCCUCCGGUUCUACUUCCUCAUUCCUUACUAAAUAGUCUCACUGUGACAACUCCAAGCGAUUUGUAAUCUUGAUCUAUAUUUUCUUGUAUAAUGCACACCUAUGAUACUCUAGUUUUUGUAGAUGGGUUUACUAGGUAAAUGUAAAAUUAUGUCAUGGAUAUGUAAACCUUUGUCGGCCAAAUGUGAUGUGAUUAUCGGCGAAAUCGCUUGCAAUUCGUCUAUCAAUGCUAUCGAUCAGAUCGUCGGUGCACACAAUGCUA